AUGGCGCUUUACUGGGUAGUUCUCGCUCUGGUCCUGGCCGCUGCAGAGAUGGACGCGUCUUCAGAGAAGUCCAUCGUCAUGAGCCGUGUCGCCGGAAAAUUCGGGAAGACUUUGGAGGAGUGUCGGGACGAGGCCAAAUUAACCUCCGACAUCAUAAAAGGAUGGGAAGAAGUCUGGAAUAACGACAUCGAUGUAGACCGCAGAGAGAUCGGCUGCGCAAUCAUCUGUAUGUCCAACAAAUUCUCCUUACUGCAAGAUGAUAAUCACGUGCAACAUGACACUUUGUCAGAUUACCUAAAGACUUUGGAUAAUGGUGACGCUGUGGCAGCCACAGUAGCGGAUUUAUACAUUGACUGCCAGAAAAAAAAUGGGCAUAUCGAUGACGAUUGCAGCCGCACCGCUAAGAUGUUCGCAUGCUUCAGGGAUGAAGCCAAGACGGUCGGCAUUACGCCCUACGUCGACUUGAUUAAAGAUUUGAUACAGGAGAGUUAA